UCACGACUUCUUAUCUAUAUAUAGCAUUAGCAAGAGUUCAGUUCACUCACAACAAACCUAAAGUUUCAUACCUGUAGCCUCUAGCUAUCAGUCACUAAGACUUUCAUUCACUAAAUUUGGCCUGUUAAUUAUUGCUACAAGUUCCCAAGAUGGCGACAGUUAUAGCGUUGGCAAAUGAAAGGUCGGUAGUUAUAUUUAGCAAAACCUCUUGUUGCAUGUGCCAUACCAUUAAGACAUUGAUAACUAGUUUUGGAGCAAAUCCAACUGUUUACGAGCUAGAUGAGCAUCCAAGGGGACAACAACUAGAGAAGGAACUCAAGGGAAUGGGGUGUAAGCCAAGUGUACCAGCUGUGUUCAUAGGGCAGCAGCUGAUUGGGGGUGCCAACGAGAUAAUGACCCUUCAUCUCAAGGGUCAGCUGGUGCCACUGCUCCUCAGCUCCAACGCUAUAUGGGUUUAAGGAAUUACGUUUUAUAUAAAUUAAGUAUCGAUCAAUAUUUUACAAUAUAGAGUUAGAGUUAAGUUAAUACAGCUAUAAGAGCAGUUUGAUGCCUCUACAGUUGUUAUUAGAACAGGAAAUUAAGAAGAGUUUUUCUGCUGGUUUUUGUUCUCUUUAUUUAUUUUAGUCCAUGACAAUCCAUGUGCCAACUCGCACAUGUACUUCCCUAGCUACUUUUGAGAAGCAACAAGAGAUACCAUGUUUUACAGAAGUUGUUAUUGUGUUUUGAAGAAACAAAUAUUUAUGCCCAAACAUUUCUGAUU